AUGGCCUGGCCAAUCUGGAUCGCGUUUUUCGCUACCCUCUUCCUUUUGGUCGCGCAGUGCUCCAAAAAGAAAAGCGGCAUGAAGCGGGCCGAGAAGCGAGUGAUCAUGGGCGUCCCCAGCGCCUCUACUACCGGCAUCACACCCAAGAAACAGUCCGACUCCGAGGUUUCAUAGUUAAAUAUAGUCUGUGUGCCACGACUUGAAAUUUCAUGGAACGACAUUCCGCUGUGCGCCUUUGCAAAUCUCGGUCACGCUUUUAAUUUUUUAUUUCUUUUAUUAAGGUUCUCUACUUUAAUGUGCUCCCACAGCAAAAACAAUCAAUCGAAAGGGUGACCUAGAUUCGAAAGACGCUUCGCGAACGCACGCAGCGGAACAGCGGAAUGUCGUUCCGUGAAAUUACAAGUCGUGGCACACAGACUAUACGAAUGAAUGAUUUGCGGAAAAUCAGCAUCUUCUCAUUUUGAACUUGAAGCUAGAGCUCGAAUAGAAUGUUAUUGAACUCAAACCUACCCUCAGCUUUUUGCAGAAUAUCUCUCGAAGAUAAAACUCUUUCGAACGAAAUUCCAUUAAAAUCAACUUGCUGUUUGCCAAUCUAAAAACAUCACAGAGCUCUCGAUAUUGUUCAGAGAUACUUUUGACCUUAAGAUUAUUUGAUCAAAUGCAUUCUUUGAACACAAGAAACAAUAGGAAAAUUUCCGAAAGUGUUCAAGAAGCUGAAUUUAACACACUAUCGAAAUCUGAACACACAAAAGUCAUGGAGAAGCUCAUAAAAAAUAUAGUUAUUUUCCCUUGCUCCGCACGUCUCGAUGAGUAACUUGCGAAGCGGCUGAAAAUUCAAACGCGCAUCGGGAUUUUUUUUUAGGAAAUGGUAUUUUUUCAUAUUUUUAUCAACCAAACCUCCAAUAUAACAGCAAUAACCAAAAGAAACAGGCAGCUCUCAAAAAUAAUAGAGCGGUUCAAGUUGCAGCUCUCAAACAUGAUACAGUGGGUCAACUUGCAGCUCUCAAAAAUAAUGGAGCGGUUCAACUUGCAGCUCUCAAAUUAUCAAGUUUCAAAAAACAAAAUACAUGGUAACAUUAUCAGGAAAAAAAAAGAUGAGAAAGAUCAUUCGCGUUCAAAUUUUAGUAGUUACUGCCAAACCGCAAGUAGUCACGACAAGUAUAUCUUCACCCCUCGCCUUCUACAUCUCAAAAACGUUUCUUUAAGUGUGAACUAUCUGAAGACGUCUCGUCCAACAACAAGUCGACAGCUUUCGGAAAAAUGAAACAGAUUUUUGGAUUGGGCACCAAGGAAAAGGAGAGCAACGAGUAAGUUUCUAAGAAAUCACUGAGUAAACGAAAAUUCAGGAAACUUUACAGCGCCGAUGAAAUUUUCAAAAAUAUGAAAAUAAACGUGCCAGAUGAUACGCCGGUCAGUUUCAUGUUCUAGAAGACUUUCAAAACUUGGAUGAAAACUCAGAAAUCGGUUUACACCCAAGAGGACGACGUCAACCCGCUAGCCAAGAUCAAGAAGCCUCAGAACAAAGGAGGAGCAGGUUAAAAAAAAGUUAUCGGAAUCUCCAUAAUCUAGAGUAUAUCAUAGAAACAAUCCUUCGCAAUCUAGAAAAAAAAUAAAAUUAGAAAUUCCGCUGGAAAUAAACAGAACGAGCUUCCAUUUUUCAUUUUCCGUAUUGAAAACUUCAAAUUCCCCAUCAAUUUCUUUGAUAACUUUGCUGAACAUUUUGGAAAAAGCCGGAGGUGGGCCAGUUCUAAAAACGGCGGAAGAAAUUCGGCCACCCGACCUGGCGUCGCGAUACCGAUCUCAACAUACUCAGGUAAAAAGCUAACAGAAAAACUUGAUUACUUUCAUUUUCAGCCUUCCCAUAAAGGAAAGUCCAAAGAGGCCGAUAAAACUGCAGAGGUCCUUAUUAGAGGUUUUCUUAAUAAAUAAUCGAUGUUUUAGGUUGAAAAAAAGAGCGAAGUAGAAAAGUUUAGCACUACGGAUACGGUAAUAACCCUAUUUAUUUCCAUUAAAGUAGAAACUCAGGGUUCAAACACACCUGUGAGAUGCCGGACGCCGGAUCGAAGCACAGCAAGAGGGAAAAGUUUGGGAAAGGUUUGCAAAACAAAAUAAGCCUCGAAGAGGAUCGUGCCACUGAUAUGCUUGGUAAUAGCCUGUGGCGCUACCAGCUGAGCCAAGGAGCCAUGAUCCUUCUGAGGCCGUAGUUGUGCAUGAGAUCCACGCGCCCAGACCUUUCCAUUCUUAAAUAAUCAUUUUCAGAAAGGAAAUUUACAAAGGCUUAAUGCAACCAGCACAUAUAUAGAGGCAGCAGGUUAAUGAAAAAUGAUAAUUAUUCGUUUUUUACAAGUAUUCAGGAACCGCGUGA